AUGGCCACGAUCAAGGCGAUCGACCAGACCUCGGUCCACCGCCUACACUCGGGGCAGGUUGUGCUUGACCUCCAGUCGGCCGUGAAGGAGUUGGUCGAGAACGCGAUCGACGCGGGCGCGACGAGUGUCGGUGAGGACAAUGGACUUGACAGCGUUGAGGUCACCGAUAACGGCAGUGGUAUCAAGGAGGAGGACUGGGACGGCGUUGCGCUGAAACACCACACAUCAAAGCUUCCCUCGCUGGAGGAUCUGGCACAUGUCGAGACAUUCGGUUUCCGCGGCGAAGCGCUCUCGGCAUUGUGUGCGCUCUGCGAGUCUGUCACCGUCAAGACGGCAACUAGCGAGACGGCGCCUAUGGGCGCACUACUGUCACUGGGACGCGACGGGCGUCUCCUGUCCACGUCAAAGGAGGCGCGAAGUCGCGGCACAACGAUAACGCUCUCCGGUCUGUUCCGCCCCCUCCCAGUUCGACGGAAGGAGUUCGAGCGCACCGCCAAGCGCGAGUUUGCCAAAGCGUUAGGCAUUCUGACGGCGUACGCGCUCGUGCCAGCAUCUGUCGGCGACGGACGAAAAGGCCUGACAGACAGAAAACGGAACACUGUUCUCACCACUGACGGUCGAGGCGGUGUGCGUGCCUCCGUCAGCGCGCUGUGGGGCGCGAAAGCUCUGUCGGGUCUCGUUGAUCUGGAUCUGAACUUUGACGUCGAGGUUGACCGGGCCAUGGCGCGCCGUGAAGGACUAGACGUCUCCUCACAACCUGUCCGCGUCACUGGGUUGAUUAGCAGUGCCGCACAGGGUCAAGGCCGCGCGAGCUCAGACAGACAGUACACAUACAUCAACGGACGGCCCUGCAAUUUGCCACAGGUGAUGAAAGCUGUCAACGAGGUGUACAAGACCUACAACAUUUCUCAAGUCCCGCUGGCCGUCCUCGACUUCCGCCUGCCGCCAGAGAGCGUCGACAUCAACGUCAGCCCCGACAAGCGCACCGUGUUCGUGCACUCGGAGCGCAAUCUCAUCGCAGCGCUUAGGGAGGCGCUGGACCAGUUCUACGCUCCGACACGCUCUAACUUCGCGGUCGGGGGCGCGAGCCAGAUCCAUACAAUGCUCGCAUCGCAGAAGCCGGUCAUCGAUGAUGAAGCGGAGGAGGACAACGAAGAGGGCAGCGAAGAUGGUGACGCAGGCGGAGGCGAGGAUGAAGAACGCGGAGAGGAAGAGGGAGGAGAGGAACCAUCGCGCAACGGUGCGGGCAGCGAAGAGGAGGAUGAGCCGCAGCCCGCCCCUCGCAAACGACGGCCAGAUACGAUUGUGGCGACCCUGGACACAACGACAGCCUCUUGGUCGCCGCAGAAACGGCCGCGGACUAGUCUUCUCGACAAGUUAAAGAGCUACAGGAGCUCGGCGACGCCAGCUCCCGCUUCUGCCAUUCCUGCGGAUGGGUCGCCUGAACCGGAGUCUGAGCCGGAGCCGGAGCCAGAGCCGGAAGCUGAGGAGAAUGGGGCCGAGAAUGAGGACAUUGACAUGGAUGAGCCCGAGGAGGAAGAACCGCCAAGUCGCUCCUCACGGACAUCGCGCUCGUCGGCCAGUCUGGUGAAGGAGUCGCCAUUACAGCGGUUCUGGAACAACGCAACAAGGAGGUCCCGACAGGAAGAGGGGGUCGAAGAGGCCGUGGUCGUCAAAGAGGCACCGUCUCAGAUCGAGCGAACCUCGCGUCGAACAGAGAUGCUGUCACAGCUCCGGCGGCGGAGAGAUGCCUCCGAGGAGUCGGAAGAGGAACCUCAACCGCAGUCGGACGGAGAAGAUGAAGUCGAAGAAGUCCAGGUCAAAAUCUCCGAGUCCCAGAUCCCUCGGCCGAUACAACGCAUCCCUGGAACCACCGGCAUCGACCGCUCGCCCUCCCCAGCGGUUUCAAGAGAAGCCAGUGUUGCCGAGGAAUCUGCUGAGGCUGUUGGGGACGAUGAGGGACCGGCUACCGAGGGCACGGCGGAACGCCGUACAGUUGAGCCGGGCCACAGUUCGCAGGAGGUCGACGAUCUGUGCUGCGAUUCUCCUGCGGUCGGUCAAGCUGCCCCAGAGGAGCGAGAAGCCGUCCACGUCGACGACCCGACGGGUGGAUACCGGGACGAGAUCACCUCCACUCUCCCCGCCUCGGAGGCAACGCUGCGCUUCGACAUGGAGCAGGUGCGGCGCCGUUGGGCGUCCCUCUCACUCAGCCCACAGCCCAAGACAGAUGUCGCCACAAAGCUGAAGAAGGGCCAGGCAACGUCCGCAGCGGGCGUCCAGAACCGCGACCUGGCGAGCGCCGAGGCGGCCCUCUCGCGCUCCAUCGACAAGGCCGACUUUGCGCGCAUGCGCAUUCUGGGUCAGUUCAACCGGGGCUUCAUCAUCGCCGCCCUACCCUCCUCCACCGAGGGAGAGGAGGACCUGUACAUCAUUGACCAGCACGCGAGCGACGAAAAGUACAACUUUGAGACGCUGCAGCGCACCCACCGUAUUCAGGCGCAGGCCCUGCUUGCUCCCAAGGUACUGCAGCUCAGCGCCGGGGACGAGAUCACACUGCUCGAGCACCAGGACGUGGUGGAGCGGAACGGCUUCGAGCUGAAGUAUGACCCCGACGGCGUGCCCGGCCGUCGCGUGAAACUGUGCGCUGUCCCCGUCAGCCGCGACACGGUGUUUGACGAGAGCGACCUGGCCGAGCUCAUCCACCACAUCAAUGACGGACACGACAACCCGCGCACGAGCAAGGCAAGGGCCAUGUUUGCCAUGCGCGCUUGUCGGCGCAGUGUCAUGAUUGGCACGGCGCUCGCAAAGCCCAAGAUGGAGCAGCUUGUGCGCAACAUGGGCACGAUUGACCAGCCGUGGAACUGCCCACACGGCCGCCCGACUAUGCGACACCUCACGACUGUCGAGCCCUCGGACCAGUCUGGCCGCGGCCGCAUCGACUGGUCCAAGGUCGAAUUGUAG